AUGAAGUGGCUGAGCAUUCUAGCUGCGCUGCUAGCUGCAGUUACAGCUCUCCGCAGCGAUGUUCCCGAGCACAGAUUAGUGCGACGGCAAAUUGACUCGGAUGGCGACGGUAUCUCAGAUGCUCUUGACAAUGAUGACGACAACGACGGUAUUCCCGACUCUGAAGAAGACGACGAUGGAGAUGGAAUCCCAAACUCCCAGGAUAACGACGACGAUGGCGACGGAAUCCCAGAUUUGGAAGAAGAUGAUGACGGUGACGGAAUCCCUAACAGCCAAGACAACGACGAUGACGGUGAUGGAAUUCCCGACUCUCAGGAGGACGAUGAUGGUGACGGAAUCCCCAACUCCAAGGACAACGACGAUGACGGCGACGGAAUUCCCGACUCUCAGGAGGACGAUGACGGAGACGGAAUCCCCAACUCCCAGGACAACGAUGAUGACGGAGAUGGAAUCCCUGAUUCUGACGAAAUCCAAGACUCCGAAUUGACUCCUGCUGAAAACGCUGCCAAGUGCAUGGAGAAACUCGGCACUGACAGCUACGACCUCGCUUUUGCUUUUGAUGACGUCAACUGUCCAUGUGGAAAGUUCAAACCUGGCAAAUGCAAGACCGGUCUUUUCAUCCCAAUUUGGACCAACGACAACGUCGAUAGUUACGUUUCUCGAUGGGUCAGCACCGUUGCUUUUGAUGCAAACGACGCCCAGUAUACCAAGGACAAUCCAAACCCCGAAGGUUUCUACUACCUUGGCCAGCCCGAGGAUCUUUUCUCUGAAGAGUGCGGAAACCAAUUGAGAGAUUGUGAUGCUGAACAGAUUGCUGAGAUGAAGAUUGAGGCUGUCAAGGCUGAAGGUAUUCAGUACUCUGACAAGCUCGACAAGUCUGAAGUCUUUGCCCGUGGUAUCGUCUACUUCCUCAUUCUUAUCUAUUUCUUCAUUGGUGUCGCCAUCGUCGCUGAUAAGUUCAUGGCUGCCAUCGAAGUCAUCACCUCCCAGUCCAAAGAAGUCAAGGUCGUCAAGAACGGCGAAGAGCGAACCAUCGAGGUCAAAAUCUGGAACGAAACCGUCUCCAACCUUACCCUUAUGGCUCUUGGUUCAUCUGCUCCCGAAAUCUUGCUCUCCGUCGUCGAGACUGUGGGUGCUGGUUUCGUUGCCGGAGAUCUUGGACCUUCCACCAUUGUUGGCUCUGCUGCUUUCAACCUUUUCAUGAUUAUUGCUAUUUGCAUGUACGUUAUUCCCGAUGAUGAAGCCCGAAAGAUCAAACACUUGCGAGUCUUCUUCGUUACUGCUGCCUGGUCUGUUCUUGCUUACGUCUGGCUUUACUACAUUGUUGUUGCUAACUCUGAGGGUAUUGUCGAACCAUGGGAAGCUACUUUGACCUUCCUGUUCUUCCCACUCUUGACCGUCUGGGCUUGGGUUGCUGACAAACGACUUUUGGUCUACGAUUAUGUCCACAAGAACUACCAGCUCAAGGGCAAGGUCAUCAAGGAAUACGAAGGAAACGAUGAGAUGGAACUCAUGGGUGAAGGUGGCGUUGACAAAGAGAAGCUUCUCCAGAUUCUCCGAGAGAUCCGACGUGACAACCCUGACGCUUCCCCGAAGAACUUGAAAAGCUUGCCAACGACAGACUCGUCCGAGCUGAGCAUAAGUCCCGAGCUUUCUACCGAAUCCAGGCUACUCGAAACAUGA